GAACUUUACAUUGUAAAGCUCGUUGCAUUGGAAAGUAGAAUUGUUUCCCCUUCCCUGUUUUUAUCGCAGUAUAUGAAGAGCUGUGAUGUUUACCGCGAGCUAACGUAUUUGACGUAGCUAACGUUACUGUCGUUAGGUUUAAAUGAGAGCUGCUACACAGCUAGCUAGAAAUGGAUAAAUAUGUCAGAGGAUCAUGUACAUCUCCAGUUUUGACAGCUGGAAUUGACUUUCGUGCCCGUGUGCAGCAGUUUAUGGAGGAGAGGAUGCAGACUACAAUGUUGACAGGCAUGUUAAUAGGGGCCGUGGUGGCCGUGUGCCUCAUUGGCAUCUCUGUGCUCUUCCUCUACCGCAGAUACAAGUUAUCGAGUCAGCAGACGGGUACGCCUCGGUACCGCUUCAGGAAAAGAGACAAGGUUCUUUUUUAUGGGAGAAAGAUCAUGAGAAAGGUCCAGACUCUGUCCUCCACACCCUUGUCUACUUCAGUCUCUAAACAUCGCCCUCGGAAAAGGCCUAAAGUCUUGAGUAUAGCUCGAAGGAUAUUGCGGAUAAAGAAGGAGCCCCCGACCCUGCAGCCCAAGGAGCCUCCUCCCUCUCUGCUGGAGGCAGAUCUCACAGAGUUUGAUGUGCAGAACUCCAACUUGCCCUCAGAGGUGCUUUACAUGCUUAAGAAUGUCAGAGUGCUGGGUCACUUUGAGAAACCUCUGUUUCUGGAGCUUUGUCGACACAUGGUGUUUAUCGAGCUGCAGGAGGGCGAGGGUCUGUUCAAACCAGGAGAUGAUGAUGACAGCAUUUAUGUGGUCCAGGAUGGGAGACUGGAGCUGCGUAUCCAUGAAAACGAUGGCACAGAGCCAGUGGUGAAGGAUGUGCUGCCUGGAGACAGUGUUCACAGCCUGCUCAGCAUUCUUGACAUCAUCACGGGUUAUCCUGCUCCGUAUAAGACUGUGUCUGCUCGAGCAGCGGCACGCUCCACCAUCCUGCGCCUGCCUGCCUCUGCCUUCGAGUCCGUGUUUGAGAAAUAUCCGGAAACGCUAGUGAGAGUUAUACAGAUAAUCAUGGUUCGGCUACAGAGAGUGACCUUCCUUGCCUUGCAUAACUACCUGGGGCUAACCACUGAACUCUUCAAUCCAGAGAGGCAGGCUGUGCCUCUGACUACAGUCAGCAGUGUGAUUGCUGAGGGAAGCCCCGGCCGUGUUCCUCGCAGACCCCAUUUGCACACACCGUUAGAUGAGGAUUACAGCCAAGGACCUGCAGAUUCUACAGACUCGGAUGGAGGGAAAACGGCUUCUUCAGAGAAUUUGUCUACAGUUCUCAGGAAACCUCGCUCUGUCUCAGCACCAGUGGACAGCACAGGGGUAGCUGGUAACGAUCUGAGCAUGGCAUACGAGCGAGCCAGAGUGACCUUGGAAGAUUCACUGCCCAGCCCUGUUCACUACAAGUCUAUUCUGAAGAAGACCGUGACCAUGCAUCAAGCUCCAUCCACAGUGUAUCAUUACACAGAUGACGGCGGGAGGUCUGAUGUUCCCCCCAGUAAAGUGGGCGCCAUCUUCGAAGCAGCAAAAAAGGACUUGUUGGGGAUUUUCCAACUGCAGGACCCCAGUCUAUUGGAGGGCAGAGUGACUCUGCACCAGGUGAAGGCCAGCUCUGUGGUGGCACGUCAAGGAGACCAGGAAGUGAGUGUGCAGUUUGUGAUUUCGGGUUUACUGCACGUGUACCAGCGGAUGAUCGACCGUGAGGAGGAAUCGUGUCUGUUUGUGACUCACCCUGGAGAGUUGGUGGGUCAGCUGGCCGUGCUCACAGGGGAACCGCUCAUCUUCAGUGUGCACGCUCAGCGUGACUGCACCUUCCUCUCCAUUUCCAAAACCCAUUUUUAUGAAAUCAUGCGUGCAGAACCGACGGUUGUGCUAAAUGUAGCUCACACCGUAGUGCGCAGGAUGUCCCCAUUUGUCAGACAGAUUGACUUUGCGCUCGACUGGAUGGCUGUGGAAGCUGGCCGAGCAGUCUACAGGCAAGGCGAUAAGUCCGAUAGUACCUUUAUAGUGCUGAGCGGACGCUUGCGUUCGGUCAUUUUGAAGGAGGAUGGGAAGAAGGAGCUGACCGGAGAGUACGGAAGAGGAGAUCUAAUCGGAGUGGUGGAGGCUCUGACCCAUCAGAACAGAGCCACUACAGUGCAUGCUGUGAGGGAUUCGGAGCUGGCUAAACUGCCGGAGGGAGCACUCAGCUCCAUCAAGAGGAAAUUCCCACAGGUGGUCACACGACUCAUUCAUCUUCUCGGGCAGAAGAUCCUUCAGCAGGUCAAUGGGCCUUUAACAGCCCGUAGUCUGUCUCUGCACACUCCAAGCAGUAAGUGGGACGCAGGCAAUCCUGCCUCCAACCUGUCCACCGUGGCCGUGUUGCCCGUGUCUGAGGAAGUCCCCCUGACCGCGUUCACCCUGGAGCUGCAGCACUCUCUCAUUGCCAUCGGUCCCACACUUCUCCUGACCAGUGACAUUAUCAAACAGCGAUUGGGUUCUGCAGCAUUGGACAGUGUGCACGAGUACAGGUUGUCGAGUUGGCUGGGCCAGCAAGAGGACAUACAUCGUAUUGUCCUGUACCAAACCGACGGCUCUCUCACACCCUGGACCCAGCGCUGCAUCCGCCAGGCUGACUGCAUCAUCAUCAUCGGACUUGGGGAGCAGGACCCCGCGGUGGGGGAGCUGGAGCGGAUGCUGGAAGGAAGUGCAGUGAGGGCUCAGAAACAGCUGGUUUUGCUGCACCGGGAGGAUGGGCCUCCACCCACAGGAACUGCUGAGUGGCUCAACAUGCGCAGCUGGAUCUCCAGACACCUGCAUCUCUCCUGCCCCCGUAGGGUCUUCUCUAAGAGGAGCCUGCCCAAACUGAGAGAGAUGUACCAGCGUGUUUUCCAAAAGCCUGCAGACCGCCACUCUGAUUUCUCCCGUCUGGCAAGAGCCCUGACUGGCAACGCCAUCGCAUUGGUACUUGGGGGUGGAGGAGCCAGGGGCUGCUCUCAGGUGGGUGUCUUGAGAGCGCUUCACGAGGCUGGGAUCCCUGUAGACCUGGUGGGAGGCACCUCCAUCGGUUCCAUGAUGGGAGCUCUGUACGCCGAGGAGCGCAGCUACAGCAGGAUGAGGAUCCGAGCCAGGGAGUGGGCUGUGGAGAUGACAUCAGUUUUCAAAAAGAUUGUGGAUCUAACCUACCCCAUCACGUCCAUGUUCUCUGGAGCAGCCUUUAACUCCAGCAUCAAUGCUGUCUUCAAAAAUAAGCAAAUCGAGGACCUGUGGAUCCCUUAUUUCAACAUCACCACUGACAUCACUGCUUCUGCCAUGAGAGUGCACACUGAUGGUUGGUCUUUCUCCCUUGCCACCCACGCUUUUUAUCGGGUGACCCAACAUGAUCCCAACCCUCCCCCACCCUGUUUUCCAGGCUCUCUGUGGAGAUAUGUUCGUGCGAGCAUGUCAUUGUCCGGUUAUCUUCCUCCUCUGUGUGACCCCAAAGAUGGACACCUUUUAAUGGAUGGAGGUUACAUCAACAACCUGCCAGCGGAUGUGGCGCGGUCGAUGGGAGCUAAAGUUGUGAUCGCCAUCGAUGUGGGCAGCCAAGACGAAACCAAUCUAACCAACUAUGGAGACGCUCUAUCUGGCUGGUGGCUGCUAUGGAAACGGCUCAACCCUCUGGCAGAGAAAGUCAAAGUGUUGAACAUGGCUGAGAUCCAGACUCGCCUAGCGUACGUGUGCUGUGUGAGGCAGCUGGAAUCCGUCAAGAACAGCGAUUAUUGCGAAUAUAUCAGACCUCCCAUCAACAGAUAUCGCACUCUGGAGUUCGGCAAGUUUGAUGAAAUUGCCGAGGUGGGCUACCAGCACGGGAAGACCGUGUUUGACGUGUGGUGCAGGAGCGGAGUGGUGGAGAAGAUGCUGAAGGACAGGCGCCAAGAGGAGUUCCACAACACCCACAGCAACAAUAUGGUGACUUGUCCAAACGCCUCCUUCACUGACCUGGCAGAGAUCGUCUCCCGUAUCGAGCCUGUCAAACAAGCACUUAAGGAUGAGGAGUCCGACUAUCACACUGAUUACGAGGAGGAGCUGGUGGGAAGUGCCCUGUCUGACAUGGAACCCACCAACUACUGCAGCGAGCACACAGAGGAGGAGCUGACUGCUGAUACCGAUGAAGACCUGGAAAGAGAUCAUUCGGAAGACGUGAGUGGAGCAUGUACUUCUGAGCCACAGCACACAACAAGCCCUAAUGACACUCCAACUGUAAGAGCCAGAAAGGUGCGAGAAGAGUGACCGGUCAGCCAUGACUUGUGACAUCUAUCCGUCCAGUGCUGGGUUGGCUUAUGACGAACACUUACAUUCCCAAAAAAAAAAAAAAUGCAGCGUUCCUCAAGACUUUCACGAAUGUGUUCUUAUCUACAGUAGAAUGAACGAAUAAUAGGGACAUUUGGUUAAAAACGCAUUGGCAGUCAGAUGGGCACGGGUAGAUUUUCUGCACCUCGUGCCGUGUCUGUGCGGUAAGUAACGUCUAGCGGGAGAUUCGUGUAACCGACACUCUUACAUUAUCACUGUGAAUCAUUUAAAUGCAACAUCCUCGAAGCACAAAUGAAAGGACUGCUCAACGUUUCACUAAGAUUGCUCCCUCGCCACUCCGUACCAGUAUAUUCGAGCAGAACCGUUUGUUCAUGAACAUCUUACCCGCUGCUGCAAAUGCUGUUUCACAGCCCAGCCUUGGGGUACUGAAGUAUUUUUAGUUUCUACUUUUAUUUUCAACCACUACAGUAUAAACAUUCAGCGGUGAUUUUAUAAAGCAUCCGAGUGCGAUUUCAGAUUCGACAUCUCCAAGCUGUCCGCAUGAACCGACACUCGUUUGAGAGUUUAAAUACAACAGCCGUCCAAUCAAGACCGUAGCGUGUCCGAAGUCCGACGAUGAAUGACUGACUCCGCGUACAUCCGGACACUCCAGAAACAAGCCUAUCAAUGCAAUUUAGGUGUUUUUUUUUUGUUUGUUUGUUUGUUUGUUUGUUUUUUCUUUCUUCGUUCGUGUAAUCGUGUUUGUUCGAGACGUUUUAUGUGUUCCGCAGUGCCUUUUGCUCUUGCUCUUUACGAUGAAGUAACCACAGGAGAGCCGUCACGUCUGAUUCGUUUAGUACGCCUAUCAAUGAGUCUAACAGUACUAAGAGUCUAAUCUUACAAGUGCACCUAGUAUAGGGUGUUUUUUUUGUUUGUUUGUUUUUUGUUUUUUUAAAAAUAAUAAAUACCACUGUGAUGUAACUAUAACGACUGAAGACACGUACUUCGCUACCUUCAUUUUGCACUCCUGUUCAAUCUGACAUUUUCAGUGGUCAAGUAGUGUUAGUCACAAUAUGUAAAAACCUACAGAGUCCUUGACAUUUAUUUACAAAUGCUCGUCCAAGUGCAGUCUUUAUUCACGUUUCGAAUUGAAAAUAUGGAAGAAAGGUGAAUUCAGUACGCCGUACGGGUUUCUUAAGGGUUGCGAGGAAAGUGAUCAUUCAGUUAUUUGUCAAAAUAUAUGACACUAAUUACUAAUAAAGUGCAAUUAGCAAUUAAACAUGA